AACUCAAAACUUGGGUGCACCAUAAAUGCGUGCUGGUGCACCCAAAUUAAAACUUUAGGCGCACCAGUGCACCCAAGGAAAAAGUUAGUCUGGAGCCCUGCUUAGCCUUAGAAAAUAGGGCUCAGGUCUAAGACUGGGUUGCCAGGGUGGAUCCUAUACUGUAGUCGCCAGGCGGGGUUACCAGGCUGGAUUCUGUAAUCUAGUCGUAAGGCUUGGUUGCCAGAUUGGAUUCUGUACUCUAAUUGUAAGGCUUGGUUGCCAGGGUGAAACGUAUAUGCUGUAAUGUCAUUGCCAGUACAAUGCCCACAGUACACGGGUCCCAGGGCAUUCCAAAGGGGAGGGAGGGGAAGAGAGGGAGAAGACGUUUCUUGUGUUUAGUUUUGAAAUCUUACUCUUUUCCUCUCUCUUUACAACUCUCAAAUUGUACUUACUAGCGCUGUGCCAAUUUUCUAAAUAAUUUUAGAUAAUUUUAGACGUUAUUUUUGAUUAUCACGAUCAUACCUGGUGACAAAUGGCUUUUAUGACGAUCACUCUUAUUUUUCGGUAAACCCCUAUUGCAGCACCUUAAGUUUCAACAAGGGAUCAGCUCAACAAAAUGUGUUUUUUAGACUAUGAGUGCCAGAUGAUCACAUCACAAUGAUAUCAUUCAAGAUACGCUGGCGUUUGGCUAAGCUAGCUGGUUUAAUGUGUGUUGUGGGGCGAGAAGGCCUGUAUGUUCUUCUGCUGGACUGCUAAUGAGUUUGAGAUCUCCAGUGGUGUGUGUAUAUGUGUGUGGACUGCAAACGCACACCACUGAGAGCGCACAACAAGACCUACAAUCUCAUCAUUCUGGGAGCUAAAAGCUACAGCUCCCAUGUAUGAUGUAAGAACUCCAAGCUAUCUUAUUUUAAACCAACCCAUACACACACACUAGCUUACUUUGAUUGUAAUUUACAUACUAGAUUAUCUCACACCGAACUAAGUAUGCACACUAGCUCUUUUUAAUUGUCAUGUACAUGCUUAUUUAAAUAAUCUUUUGCUAUCGUUCACUCAUGUUGGCUUUUCAAAGGCAAGCGUGUUAGCUAAUUGACGCCUUGCAGAUUAUCUUAAUUUAGACUAAACCGAACGUACACUUAAGCUUUGACUUUACACUCAAAGAUCAAACUGGAGUGGCUAGGAAUGAGGAUAGUAAGGUUUAUUCUCCCAGUCAGACGGAGAGGACGGACGGAGCACCAGAACUCACAGCCAAUCAGACAUGGGACUACGUUUAGAUGGACUAAAUGGGUCCCAUGGUUGUUUGUGUGCGUUCGAUCAGUGCUUGGUCGUGACUUCUGGUGUGGCCGUUUCGUCGUAGGACAGUCAGAGGCUUGAUGAUGAUUGGUGAUUUCAAGUCUGGCAGAAAAGCAUACAGGCGCCCCCUCUGGGCAGACAGGAGCACUGCAGGCUGCACGCAGCCAGUGGGAGCUUCAUAGCAGAGAUGCAGUUGUUCGUGAGACAACUGGGCAGAAAGGUGAACGGCCGGGAGCAUGGGUCCAACAAGAAGCUGGCGGCCCAGUCCUGCGCUCUGUCCCUGGUGAGGCAGCUGUACCACCUGGGAGUGGUGGAGCCCUACACCGGCAUCACCAAGAAGAAGGAGGGGGAACACCUGGAGCCCUACGACGUCAGGCUGGCCCCAGACCUGGAGCCCCAGCUGAUGAGCCUGGUGGCGGAGCUGGGGGUCACUAUCCCUCCGCCUCCCUUGGACCCAACCGCCCCCCCAGUGUCUCUGAUCCAGGGCAAGAUGGCGUCGUUCGAGCCCUCCCAGCGGCAGGCGGGGGCGGGGGUCGUGCCCUGGUCCCCCCCCCAGGUCAACUGGAACCCCUGGACCAGCAGCAACAUUGACGAGGGGCCCCUGGCCUUCUGCACCCCGGAGCAGAUCAGCACUGACCUCCUGAACGAACUCAACUACCAGCGCGAGCACAACGAGAGCCUGCACAAGAUCCUCUCGGAGCGUGAUGUCCUGCCGGUGAAGAAGUUUGAGCAGCAGAUCCUGUCGGCCCUGGAGAGCAGCUCGGUGGUGAUCAUCAGGGGGGCCACGGGCUGUGGGAAGACCACCCAGGUGCCCCAGUACAUCCUGGACCGCUGCAUCAUCAGCAGCCACGCCGCAGACUGCAACAUCGUGGUCACCCAGCCUCGGCGCAUCAGCGCUGUGUCGGUGGCGGAGCGCGUGGCCUACGAGAGGGGGGAGGAGCUGGGGAACAGCUGUGGCUACAGCGUCCGCUUCGAGUCGGCCCUCCCGCGACCCCACGCCAGCAUCAUGUUCUGCACCGUGGGUGUGUUGCUGAGGAAGCUGGAGGCGGGGAUCCGAGGGAUCAGUCAUGUGAUCGUGGACGAGAUUCACGAGAGAGACAUCAACACGGACUUCCUGAUGGUGGUGCUGCGGGACGUGGUGCAGACCUACCCGGAGGUGCGGGUCAUCCUGAUGUCGGCCACCAUCGACACCACCAUGUUCCAGGACUACUUCUUCAACUGCCCCGUCAUCGAGGUGCACGGACGCACCUUCGAGGUGCAGGAGUACUACCUGGAGGACUGCAUCCAGAUGACCCACUUCGUCCCCCCGCCCAACGACCGCAAGAAGAAGGACAAGGACGAGGAGGGAGGAGAUGAGGACACCAACUGCAACGUGCUGUGCGGGCCUGAGUACACGGCGGACACCAAGCGGUCCAUGGCCCUGAUGAGCGAGAAGGAGACGCCCUUCGAGCUGGUGGAGGCGCUGCUCCGCUACAUCGAGACCCUGCAGGUGGCCGGCGCCGUGCUGGUCUUCCUGCCCGGCUGGAACCUCAUCUACUCCAUGCAGAGGCACCUGGAGAUGAACCCGCACUUCGGAAGUAGCCGCUACCGCAUCCUCCCGCUGCACUCCCAGAUCCCCCGGGAGGAGCAGAGACGAGUGUUCGACCCCGCCCCCAACGGAGUCACCAAGGUCAUCCUGUCCACCAACAUAGCAGAGACCAGCAUCACCAUCAACGACGUGGUGUACGUCAUCGACUCCUGCAAGCAGAAGGUGAAGCUGUUCACGUCCCACAACAACAUGACCAACUACGCCACGGUGUGGGCCUCCAGGACCAACCUGGAGCAGAGGAAGGGGCGAGCGGGCCGCGUCAGGGCCGGCUUCUGCUUCCACCUCUGCUCCCGCGCACGCUUCGACAAGCUGGAGCCCCACAUGACUCCAGAGAUCUUCCGCACCCCGCUCCACGAGGUGGCGCUCAGCAUCAAGCUGCUGCGUCUGGGCGCCAUCGGUCACUUCCUGUCGAAAGCCAUCGAACCCCCGCCGCUGGACGCCGUCAUAGAGGCCGAGUUCACCCUCAGAGAACUGGACGCUCUGGACAGCAACGACGAACUGACCCCUCUCGGCCGCAUCCUGGCCCGCCUGCCCAUAGAGCCCCGGCUGGGCAAGAUGAUGAUUAUGGGAUGCAUCUUCAAUGUCGGCGACGCGGUGUGCACCAUCUCGGCCGCCUCCUGCUUCCCGGAGCCCUUCGUCAACGAGGGCCGUCGCCUUGGUUACGUUCACCGCAACUUUGCCGGCACGCGCUUCUCGGACCACGUGGCUCUGCUGUCGGUGUUCCAGGCCUGGGACGACGUCCGGCUGAACGGUGAGGAUGCGGAGAGGAACUUCUGUGAACACAAGCGCCUCAACAUGUCCACGCUGAGGAUGACCUGGGAGGCCAAGGUCCAGCUGAAGGACAUCCUGAUCAACUCUGGCUUUCCUGAAGAGAGUCUGAUGAGCCAGAUGUUCAAUGCGGUGGGGCCGGACAACGGCCUGGACGUGGUGGUCAGCCUGCUGACCUUUGGGUCCUACCCCAACGUGUGCUUCCACAAGGAGAAGCGGAAGAUCCUGACCACGGAGGGACGCAACGCCCUCAUCCACAAGACCUCUGUCAACUGUCCCUUCAGCAGCCAGGACAUGACCUACCCCUCGCCCUUCUUCGUCUUCGGGGAGAAGAUCCGGACCAGAGCCAUCUCGGCCAAGGGAAUGACCCUGGUCAGCCCCCUGCAGCUCAUCCUCUUCGGCUCCAAGAAGAUCAUGUCCAACGGAGACGUGGUAGAGCUGGAUGACUGGAUCAAGCUGAGGCUCCCCCACCAUGUGGCGGGCGCCAUCGCUGCCCUGAGGGCGGCGCUGGAGGCCCUGGUGGUCUCCGUCACCAAGGACCCCGAGUUCAUCCGUCAGCUGGACCCUGUCAACCAGACGCUGCUCAACGUCAUCCGCCACGUGUCGCGACCCUCCGCCGCAGGGCUCAACCUCAUGAUCAGCAACCAGCGGCAUGGAGAUGGGCCUCGGCCACCAAAGAUGGCCCGUCUGGAUGGAGGCGGAGGAUACGGUGGAGGGGGCUACAGAGGGGGAGGUGGCUACAGAGGAGGAGGAGGAGGGUAUGGGGGUGGUGGAGGGUACAGAGGAGGUGGGGGUUAUGGGGGUGGUGGAGGAGGCUACAGGGGUGGAGGUGGAGGAGGCUACAGGGGUGGAGGUGGUGGAGGGUACAGGGGCGGAGGGUAUGGAGGUAACAGGGGAGGCUACAGGGGCGGGUAUUAACGGGUCUGGUUCUGGGCCAUCAGAACCCAUCUAGUAUGUCUGAAGUCAAAGGAUUCAAGUGUGGAGAAUUGAUGAGAUGUAGCCGCUGAGUUGUUGUAGUAGAUCGGUUGUUUCUUUGUGUUGGUUAAUCUGGGUCAUUAAUAACAAUAGAUUUCACAAUUGAUACCUAACCAAAACGUUCCCCUGCCUGUUUUCUAUCAUUUUAUUGUUCUGUUCCUUAAUGACAGCAGUGGUUCUUUGUUUUCUGGAACUUUUACAACAAUAAAAAAAUCCUGUUGAAUAUGUUUUUUGUCUUAA